AGGCUCCUAGAGGAGUAACAAGAAGAGGUUGAAAUAGAAAAGGAGAUAUAAGGAAGGAAUUGAAGGUGGUGGAGGGAAGAACCAAGAAAGAGAAAAAGGAAGACCAUGUGACGAAAGUGAACAAGAAGAAGCUUGUGCGAUUGGGACCCAAGUUGGAAGUACAGUACUCCCGUAGGGACAAAGAAGAGAGAACAACCGAAAAAAGUGUUGGAUAUGCUGUAUUCGAUAUAAAGGUAAAGUCGUAGAUAUAAAAAUGAGCAGAGUUGAGGCGACGAAACCCCCAUGGAGAGGGAACAGCAGGAUGAUGAUUGAGAAAUAAAAUAUGGGAGAGGCGCUAUAUUGAUCAACAGAUUUUGUUCGAAGUUCACACACACGAUUUUUAGCAUUUUUGUUGCUACCUAAACUAGGCUCUAACGCUAUUCUGAGACAUAUUAUGUCAUGUAUCUUUUUGAUCGCUUUAUAUCAACAGCCUGGGGGAGGUUCCUUUGGAAUUUUUAUCCACUCUUCAAGUGGUGAUAGAAUACUCAUUUUUCUACCCGGAUGGCGCUCAUCAACUUCUAAGCUUUACCAGCAUGUACAAUCUUGAACAACUUAUUGAUAAACCAACGAGAAUAACUGAGAACUCAAGUACAUUGAUUGAUCUCCUAUUCGCUAACAAUAAUCAUCGAAUAGUUUCCUCCGGAGUCCUACACGUAAACUUAAGUGACCAUUCUCUUAUCUACUGUGUUGUUAAAGCGGGUGUACGUAGAGCACCAGGAAGAGUCAUAGAAUACAGAUCCUACAAGACUUAUUCAAAACCAUCUUUCCUCGUCGAUCUUGUGCAUGUUAAUUUCGACCGUAUUGACGAAGAACAAGACAUUAAAGUCGCUGUAAGUAAAUGGAAUGAACUGUUCACAAAUGUUGCCAAUCUUCAUGCUCCAAUUAAGAAAUUGAGAACAAAAGGAAUCCAAACCCCAUGGCUUACUACUGAUUUAAGCAACGCAAUGCAAGAUCGCGACUACCACCAUCGCAAAGCUGUUAAGUCAAAUUCGCCCUUUCAUUGGAUGAUGUACAAGAAGAUUAAAUCUUACGUCAAUAUAAAUGUUAAGAAAUGCAAAGCUGAAUACUACUCGAACCACCUGAUCAAUACGAAUAAAGGAAACACUAGUGCUUUAUGGAAAACGUUAAAUGACAUCUUGUCCCGAAAAUCUCACUGCUCGCCAUCUUGUAAUGAAGCUAAUGGUGUUUCUCAUACCGACCCAAAGUAUAUAGCUGAGUCAUUAAACGACCAUUUCUCAAGCAUAGGAUCCAAAUUGGCAUCUAAGAUAAGAAAUUUGUAUCCAAAUCGGAUUUCUAUCAAGCAACCUAGUCAGUUUAGGGAAAAUGAAUUUGUUUUCCAGCCAAUUGAAGAAAGUUAUGUGUAUGGUGUUCUGAACAAUCUUAAAAACCAACAAAGCUGUAGGACUCGACAAAAUCAGCGCUAGGUUACUUAAAGAUUCUUCCAGUGUUGUAACUCCCAUCCUAACCAAACUUUUCAAUCGUUCACUCACUUCCUCAACAUUUCCAUCAACCUGGAAGUCUGGCAAAGUAACAGCGCUUUUUAAAUCUGGAGACCAAUCCAAUGCUAGCAAUUACAAACCAAUCACGAUACUCCCAACAAUCAGUAAAGUUCUCGAGAAAGCAGUUGACUCUCAAGUUUACCGCUACCUUAUUGACAAUAAAAUACUAACACCACGACAGUUUGGUUUCAGACCUAAACUUUCCACUGAGAUUGCGCUCGCACAUUUCACGGACACCAUUUUGGCUAACAUGGACAAAGGUUUAGUAACCGGAGCUGUUUUUCUUGACCUGGCUAAAGCCUUUGAUACUGUCGACCAUUCUCUUUUAUUUGAAAAGCUUGCCUCAUCUGGUCUCUCCAAUGAUUCUGUCAACUGGAUCAAGUCAUACCUAAGCAAUAGAAAUCAACUUACCGCCCUGGCUAACACUGUUUCCUCCUUCAAACACGUUCCUGUCGGAGUUCCUCAAG